AUGUCAGUAGUUACUAAAAAAGCUACCCAAGAUCACAUUGAACUUAUUAAGACAAACCAAGAUUAUGUUACUGGUAUAGAAACUUGUAAAUUUGCAUAUGAAUGGACAAUUGAUAAGGUCGAAUGUGACCGGACAAUAAUUAAAUCACCGGAAUUUUCAUCUCAUUAUUCUGACUUCAACGAUGAAUGGAUUUUGGAGAUAAAUCCGAAUACAAUGGUAUACUCCGAAGGUGCAGGUCGUAUGGUACGUGGAACAUUUGUUACAAUACAGUUGCAACCUACAAAAUCCAAUGGAUUCAAUGAUACUUCACAAUUACAAACAAAACGUAAAAUAAUUGUAGAUGUUGAUAAAAAUAAGUCUAAUGAAAAUAUUAUGAGAUUGAAUGCAACACAGCAAUUGAGUGCAGACUUAAAAAACCUUUUGCUAUAUAAAAAAUCAGCUGAUGUUACCAUUAGAGUGGGUCAAAAAUCAUUUCAUGCAAUUAAAAGCAUUCUUGGAAUACGUAGUCCUGUUUUUGCUGCAAUGUUUAAUCAUGAGUACCUCAAAGAAAAUAAAAACAACGAAGUUGUCAUUGAAGAUAUUGAUGAAGGUGUUUUUAAAGAAUUUCUACAUUAUAUUUAUACUGGUGAAUCACCGAAUAUUGACAAAAUGCCAAGGGAACUACUUGCUGUUGCUGAUAAAUAUCAGGUUGAUUGUUUGAAAAAUAUUUGUGAAGCAAUAUUAUGCAGAAUGAUAAAUUGUGAUAACUUUGCAACUUACAAAAAAAAACAUCCUGAAGUUUUUGUAAAUGUUCUUGAAGAGUUGCUGUUAACAAACAAGUUUAAAGCAAUUCGUCAAACAUCUAAUUCUGAAUGUACAGUUUUAUAA